AUGAGAUGCUAAAGCAACAAUACUAAAAAAAUUAUCAGUAGAAUUAUCAAAAAAAAAGAUUCAUAUAAUAAUACAAAAAAUUUAGAAAUUUAUUCAACAGAUAGAUCAUUUAAAAACAAAAGAAAAUUAUUUUCUUUAAUUAAAUAAGAUUUAGUAAAGCUAAAUGAUUUUGUCAUCAAAUUAGAUUAUUGA